AGCCACAGAGCCACCCAUUCUCACUCCUCUCUCCGCUCCGCUCCACUCCUCUCCUCUCCAUACACAGCUCCACACCGGAGAUCCGGACCCCCGGCAGCAGCACCAGAACCAGAACCAGCAACAGCGGCAGCAGCAUGGAAAUCGCCAUCCAGUACCCCUGGCUCAGACGCCCCUUCUUCCCGGGCUACUUCCCCCACCGCAUCUACGACCAGUUCUUCGGCGAGCACCUCCCCGACGCGGACCUCUUCUCCCCCUUCCUGCCCCUGCUCUUCAACCGCCCCUUCCUGGGGCUGCGGCUGCCUGCCUGGAUGGAGAGCGGCUUCUCCGAGGUCCGCUCCGAUAAAGAUCGCUUCGUGAUCAACCUGGACGUGAAGCACUUCUCUCCAGAGGAGCUGACGGUCCGGGUGAACGACGACUACCUGGAGGUGCACGGCAAGCAUGAGGAACGGCAGGAUGAACAUGGUUACGUGGCUCGAGAGUUCUUCCGCAAGUACAAGAUCCCGACUGGCGUGGAUCCAGGAUCCUUCACCUCCUCCCUCUCCUCCGACGGGGUUCUAAGCAUCUCCGCCCCUCGGAACCUGAUGGAUGUUCCAGAACGGAACAUCCCCAUCACCUGUGAAGAGAAGGCCCCAGCCCAGAAGUAG